UCUGAAUCCCAGAACUCGACAAUGUCAAUUCCAUAAAAUCAAUACGAGGACUGAGUUUCAUGUGUAGGAACAUCGAUUUCUAAUCAUGGUCUCUGCUACACAAUUUUAUAUCCAUCAUUUCUAAAGAGUUAUGUAAUAUCAUGCUGCGGUGACUGACGUAGCCAGACUGCGGAAGUCGCAGACAUUUUACCACUAAUAUCGAUAACGACUAACUACGAGCCUCUGUCUGUAUGUAAAUACUGCAAGAAGAAAUGAACAGCACGUGGUUCAUGUGCAGAAUAAUGUAUUGAACACAGCUUUGAUCGGAAAUAGAGUUGGAUUCACCAUUUCCAGAUAGGAUUGUAGAUAUACCUGACAGAGACGAUAACCCGCGGAAUGGUAGCAGUAUCCGCCAUAAGACAUUGCUCCUGACCUAGACUCUUACACCGGAAAAGACAACCGGUACUCAUUGAUAGAGCUGGGAAUCAGAGGUAUGCUACACCAGAGAAAUUUGAUGUAGAUGAAAAGUGGAGGAUAUGUACAACAAUAUUUUGAAGUUGAAAAUUUUCAAAUUUACUUUAUUUUGUCAAAAAAUACAGUUUUAGUAGAAGGUAAUCUGAAAAAAAAUUUAAAACCCCUACUGGACUCGAACCUGCGACCUACAGUUCAGCAGUCGGUAUCCUAACCUACUGCGCUACUCGGCUAGGUAUUUAAAUGGAAAAGGAAAAGUCAAAUAUUGCUGAUAUAGAUUUUUUCAUCCAUGUUUUUAAAGGAAGUCAGCCAUUAUGACGAUGUAGAGUACUACCUUGAUAUAUUAAUCGGUUUUUCUUACAUGUAACAACACUUAAAACUUGUUUUCACAAAUUAUACAAGUACGGUUUUUGAAACAUUGCCGGUUGACUCCCGGUUCCAAACUAUAAAUAAAAGAUUGCGUCAUCAACCUCCGGUGAAAACGUACACUUGUGCAUUUCCCCAUUGCAUCCGGUUUAUACCUUAGUAUUCACGGGAGAAUGUAACAUGUAUAAGGGCACAUGCACUCGACGUUUUUAAAAAUAUCAAUAAUAAAUAAAAUUGUCUUAAUGUUUACAGGAAGACAUUUUUGUUUAUUAUAAUGUCGAGUGCCUGUGUAUAAGGGUUAUGUCGGAUGUUUAACAAUGUCAUGGCAUUGUGUUUUGUAUUCUGUUUAGGGGCACCCCGUGGGGAUCCGGGUUAGAAUAGGUUCGUAGUACCCUUGCUUGUCGUAGUUAAGAGGUGACUAAAUGGGGCGGUCCUUAGCUUAGCAUAGGAUGAGACCGCAAAAGCCGAGGCCUGCAGAUCUGGGAAAUAUUGGAACAGACUUGAGAGCUUUAUAGAUUUACCCCUUUUAAAGGUCCUCGGUUACUCUGUGCAUGACUGAUGCCAUUUAUAGCCACAUUGUAUAAUCUUGCGUCGCCGUCUCAAACAUUUAAUGUAUAAAAAAAGGUCUUGUGUAUUUUCCCACUACUCUCCCUCAAACAUUUAUUUAAGCCCCAGCACUUGCAAUGCAACGUGUGUUAAGCUGUUAAGGUCGCCAUUCAAUUCGAACCUCGUGGACUAUUGUAUUCGAUACAAGCUGACCGGAAGUCCACGGGAGAUCAUGGAGGUAACCACCGGGAGGAGCGGGCAGUUACCGGGACUGCUGGCAGCGACAGUUAUCUGUGUUAUUCCUUUCAUUCAUAUAGGCAUAGUCCACAAGAUGAUCUGGGUUCCCAAUAAGCCGAUAGUGAACAGAACAAGCUGUAGAUGUAACUGUUUUGACACAGUAUACAAAGGAUCAUAUGAAAGCCAAGGAAAAACUGGAUAUAAACACGUGUAUUUCAACGCCACAUCCGAGGUGCUGUUCAUAUGGAUUUUAACGCUAAUGACCAUCAUCGUAUCAUAUGAGUGUUUCAAAUGUCUAUAUAAGAUGUGUAUUAAUAGGGACAUUAGGUGGCGAAUGCUACUGUUAUUUAUUCUAGACAUUUAUCCAAAUUAUUAUUCAUACUGGUCAUACUUUAAUUACGUAAAUGAUCACUUUUACAAGCAAUUCUAUCAUCAGUUAUUUUUCACAACAACGGAACUGUUUUCCACGUGGAACGUCGUGCGCAUGUGUUCGAAAAAUUCCAAGAUGGACUCGGGGCCUGCGAUGUCUGUAGUGGUGAUCAGUUUAAUCCACAUUUUGCUUGGAGGAGUUGAUCAGUUUUUCGUUCAGCUGAUACUGUGGAAAGACGAAGCCUUCCAAAGGUUUAGAAAUCUUGGCUUUUUACUCCCAGACGUGCUGCACGUGAUUCUCGUGAUCCAACAAAUGGCAAUUGUAAGACAGAAAUCUUGGAAUUGCGUGUUUACCGUCACAGAACUCAAAUUUGGAGUAAUUUUUGUAGUGAGUGGUUUUGUUGUGGGAAAAUGUUUGUUUCGUUGAAUAUUUGCAUUGUCUUGUCAAGCGAUUUAUUGUCCUAUUUAAGCAUAAAUUGUGUAUUAGGUGUGGAAUAUCUAGUUUUUGUUUGUUUUCUUUGUUUUUUGUUUUGUUAUUUUUUGUUAUCAAAAAAGAAGGCGAAAAUAGUGAACAGUACUGCUUAUUAAGCGAUACCAAUAUUUGUUAUCAGAAUGAUAUUGAAAGGCUUACAAAAAUAAUAAAAAGAUAAGAUACAUGUAA